AUGGCUGUGCUGACAGGGAUUGAUACUGGAACUCGACUGUCCUCCACUUUGUCAUCUCUCUGUCUUUCUGCCCCAGGACUCUUGGCACUGCUGCUGUUGACACCAGGAGCAGCACCCCUGAACCCUGGAGGUGAAUCUCCCAGGCAUCCCAUUAGUGACAUAAUCUGGGGAGUCAUGCUGGGGUCUGGGGACUCUCAAGAACCAGUGGGAAAGGAGGCUUCUUCUGCAAGUGAGGAACAAAGAUGGUCUUCUGGAGGCAUCAAUGAAUGUGUACCGAACUCAACAGCAUCCUAUGGAAUGUAUGCAGAGUGCAUGAACAGAGAGGAGAGCUACUGCAUUUGUAGCCCAGGAUGUGGGCCUGUUUCUGAGGCAGGGUUCAGGAAGGAGAGUGAGAACACAUGUGAAGAACUGUCCCUGAAGGUAAAGGAACAAGGACAAAGGAGUGUCAGCUUAAGUGUCAGACAGGCAAAGAUGCUGCUGAACUGGGAUAUGGUACAGGAAUCUGGGGACUCAGGGAUGGGCAGGUUGCUGGCAGGGGUCCCCCUUGUGCUGGAAACUGAGGGACCAGAAGUUCUGCAUGAGACACACACAGGCUUGCUGCAGGGGGUCUCCCCCAUCUUGCUCUCAGAUGUCAUCUCUGUCUUUGUGAGCAACAACAACACCCAGAACCUCAGCUCCCCAGUCACCUUUGUCUUCCAGCAUUCAGUGACCCCUGGGCCAAGGCAGCAGGUGCUCUGUGUCUUCUGGGAGCAUGGCCAGAAUGGAAGUGGUUAUUGGUCCAUCAAAGGCUGCAGGAUGGUGGGCUCCAGAGACACCAGCACCACCUGCCAAUGCACCCACCUCAGCAGCUUUGCUGUCCUCAUGGCCCAGUAUGACGUGCAGGAGGAGGAUCCUGCCCUGGCUGUGAUCACCCACAUGGGACUGAGCCUCUCUCUGCUGUGCCUCUUCCUGGCGGCCCUCACCCUCCUGCUGUGCAAAGCCAUCCAGAACACCAGCACCUCCCUCCACCUGCAGCUCUGCAUCUGCCUCUUCUUGGCCCACCUGCUCUUCCUCACGGCCAUUGACAGAACAGAGAUUAAGGUGCUGUGUGCCAUCAUUGCGGGUGCCUUACACUACCUCUACCUGGCCUCCUUCACCUGGAUGCUGCUGAAGGGCCUGCACCUCUUCCUCACUGCAUGCAACCUCACUGUGGUCAACUACUCCAACGUGAAGUUCAUGAAGAAGUUCAUGUUCCUUGUGGGCUAUGGAGUCCCGGCUGUCAUUGUGGCCAUUUCUGCAGCAUCCAGGCCUCAACUUUAUGGAACAUCUGCCCGAUGCUGGCUCCACACACAACAGGGAUUUGUAUGGACCUUCCUUGGCCCCAUCUGCAUCAUCAUCUCUAUUAACUGGGCUUUCUUUCUGAUAACCAUCUGGAUUCUGAAAAACAAGCUCUCCUCCCUCAACAGUGAUGUGUCCACACUCCAGAACACAAAGAUGCUGACAUUUAAAGCAAUGGCACAGCUCUUCAUCUUGGGCUGCACGUGGUCUCUGGGAAUCCUGCAGGUAGGCCCAGCUGCCCCUCCCAUGGCCUAUCCCUUCACCAUCAUCAACAGCCUGCAGGGCGUCUUCAUCUUCCUGGUGUACUGUCUCCUCAGCCAGCAGGUCCGGGAACAAUACAGACAAUGGUUGAAAGGAAUCAAGAAAACCAAAGUGGACUCUGAGAAGUAUACCCUCUCCAGCAUGGCCAUGUCUGAAGCUUCCAAAGACAAUGUGGAGCAGCCUCCACCUGGGGAAAAACUCUGCACAUAUAUGAAUGAACUUGGGAAACACUUCAACAGCAUUAAACAAAUUUUUCAGUAUGAGAGAAUUCAUGCUGGAGGUGACCCCUACAAGUGCCAUGAAGGUGGGAAAACCUUCCAAACUACUCACUUAAUAGUGGGUGAGAAGAUCCAUAGUGGAGAUAAAACCUAUGCAUGUAACAGAUGUGAAAAAUCCUUCAGAUACAGCUCUGACCAUAUCAGGCACGAGAAGACCCACACCUCAGAGAAGUGCUUUGAAUGUGAGGAGUGUAGGCAUGCCUUCAAGUACUCCUUGAAUCUGUGGAGCCACAUGAGGACUCACAUUGGAGAGAAGCCCUUUAAGUGCAGUCAGUGUGGAAAAACCUUCAUGAGGAACUUCAACCUGAUAUUGCACCAGAGGAGCUACAUAGGUGAGAAGCCCUAUGAAUGUAAGGACUGUGGGAAACCUUUUAACCAGCCGUCCUCUCUGAAGAGCCACAUGCAGACUCACACUGGAGAGAAGCCCUUCAAGUGCAGUCAGUGUGGCAAAGCCUUCAGGGAGCAUUCGUCUCUGAAGACUCAUUUGCGGUCUCACACCAGAGAGAAACCAUACGAGUGCAGCCAGUGUGGGAAGCCCUUUCAGACGGGCACCCAUCUGAACGUUCACAAGAGGAUCCACAUGGGGGAGAAACUUUAUGAGUAUACCACUUGCGGUCAGGUGUUGAAUCGUCUCUCCACCCUCAAGAGUCGCAUGCGAACCCACACUGGAGAGAAGCCCUGUGUGUGCCAGGAAUGCGGGCGAGCCUUUGGUGAGCCCUCAUCCCUCAGGAAACACGCGAGGACCCACACUGGCAAGAAGCCCUAUGCAUGUCAGGUAUGUGGGCGGGCCUUUGGCCAGUCUUCACACCUUAUGGUGCACGUGAGAACCCACACUGCAGGGAGACCCUAUGAAUGUAAUUAGUGCGAGAAGGCCUUCAGGCACAGCUCUUCACUUACUGUGCAUAAGAGGACCCACACCAGGAGAGAAAACGUCAGGAAUGGUUGCCUGCCUUUAUCAGCGUCUCAUACAUUUGGUGGGCCCCUUGCUAAUUAA